UGUUCUUUUCUCAACCGUUUUCACUCCUCUUGAAUAAAAAAAACAAGAUUAUUUCAAUAAUAAUAAUAAUAAUAGAAAAAGAAUCCAUUAAUGAGUUCUGCCAAUUUUUGGGCUCUUGGUAGCUUCCUUCCUUUCUCAAUAUAUAGAGCCAUAACUCCUUCCCCUAAAGCACUCCCCUGCUCUCUUUCCUCUUCCUCUCUGUUAUCCUCUCACUUUUCUUGGUGAGUUUAUCAGAACUUUUAACUGGUAAAUCCUGCAGACAUUGCCAUUGUAUUUUAUAGCUUGUGUUUACAGAUCAGGCUCUCUCUUUUUGUGGGUAUACAUAUUUUGGGACUAUUUUAGUUACUCAUGGAGAAGUUCACGAGACUUAUUUCAAUGUCUCCUCUGCUUCUGCUUCUUUGCUUGCCUCUAGCGCUUGCUAGUCAUGACUAUGGCCAAGCACUCAGUAAGAGCAUUCUCUUCUUUGAAGCCCAGAGAUCUGGUUACCUCCCCCAUGACCAGAGAGUCACUUGGAGAGCGAACUCUGGCUUGAAUGAUGGCAAAGCUAGUGGGGUGGAUCUGGUUGGAGGGUACUAUGAUGCAGGUGACAAUGUGAAGUUUGGGCUUCCCAUGGCAUUCACCAUUACAAUGAUGUCAUGGAGCAUAUUAGAGUAUGGAGAACAACUUGCUCAUACUGGUGAGCUUGGUCAUGCCAUGAAUGCUGUUAAGUGGGGUACUGAUUAUCUCAUUAAAGCUCACCCUGAACCAAAUGUUUUCUAUGGAGAGGUAGGAGAUGGUAACACUGACCACUACUGCUGGCAAAGGCCGGAGGACAUGACCACCGACAGGCGGGCUUACAGGAUCGACCAGAACAAUCCCGGGUCGGAUCUUGCUGGCGAAUCUGCAGCCGCCAUGGCCGCUGCCUCCAUGGUUUUCCGGCACUCUAACCCCGCCUACUCAGCCGAGCUUCUUCACCAUGCCUUUCAGUUAUUUGAUUUUGCCGACAAAUACAGGGGCAAAUACGACAGCAGUAUUACUGUUGCGCAGAAGUACUACCGAUCCAUCAGUGGCUACAAUGAUGAGUUGCUAUGGGCUGCUGCUUGGUUGUACCAAGCAUCUAAUAACCAAUAUUACUUGGAGUACCUUGGAAGUAAUGGUGAUUCAAUGGGUGGAACUGCUUGGUCCAUGACCGAGUUUGGUUGGGAUGUCAAGUAUGCUGGGGUUCAAACUCUUGUUGCCAAGUUCUUGAUGCAAGGCAAAGCUGGUGAUCAUGCACCAGUCUUUGAAAGGUACCAACAAAAGGCUGAAUCUUUCAUGUGUGGCUGCUUGGGGAAAGGCAACAAGAAUGUUCAGAAGACUCCUGGUGGUCUAAUUUUCCGCCAGAGAUGGAACAAUAUGCAGUUUGUCACGAGUGCCUCCUUCCUCACGACGGUCUACUCUGACUAUCUCACAUCCGCUGGUAGAUCAUUGAGGUGUGCUGCUAGCAAUGUUGCACCAUCUGAACUCCUUGGCUUUGCAAAGUCUCAGGUGGAUUACAUUCUUGGAGACAACCCAAGAGCCACUAGUUACAUGGUGGGCUAUGGAAACAACUACCCGCAACAAGUUCACCACCGGGCAUCCUCGAUUGUUUCCGUUAAGCAUAAUCCAUCAUUUGUCAGCUGCAGAGGAGGUUAUGCCACUUGGUUCAGCAGGAAAGCGAGUGAUCCCAAUGUUCUCACUGGCGCUCUUGUUGGCGGGCCAGAUGCUUAUGACAACUUUGCUGAUGAAAGGGACAAUUAUGAGCAAACAGAACCUGCAACCUACAACAAUGCUCCUCUCCUCGGUAUAUUGGCACGACUUGGUGGUGGUCAUAGCGGUUAUAAUCAACUCCUUCCAGUGGUUUUUCCAGCUCCUACCAAACCAGUGGCAGCACCGCAACCUAAAGUGACUCCUGCUCCAGCUUCAUCUUCUGUCCCAAUUGCAGUUGAGCAGAAAAUGACAACUUCAUGGAAUGACAAGGGAAAACCUUUUUACCGAUAUUCCACGGUGGUAACUAACAAUUCUGGUAGGACUUUGAAGGAUCUCAAGCUCUCAAUAUCCAAGCUUUAUGGUCCUCUAUGGGGCCUCAACAAGUCUGGAAAUGUCUAUGGUUUACCAACAUGGCUCAACUCUUUACCUGCUGGGAAGAGUCUUGAGUUCGUCUACAUCCACUCCGCCUCUGCUGCAGAUGUCUCAGUUUCCAGCUACACUUUGGGCUAGAAAGUGAGGAAAAUCAGCUAAAUCGGACUGGUAAUAUAAGAAUUGUGCAUAUAAAAUGCAGAGUGAAGGGUCUUUUUCGUUUAUUUGUCCUCCUUUUCGUAUUUCAACCCGUUGGUUUGGUAUCUGAUUAGGUUUUUAGAUGAUAGAAGGUCAGAAAUAAAAUUGGGGGAUGAAAGGAGUGAAGAGACCAUUUGAAAAGAAGUGCUCAUCCUCUUUCUCCUCCAAUAUACCGUUUAUACAGAUAGAUAUGGAAGAGAGAGUGGGAGCUGAGAAGUAAAAAAGUAAUGACUUCUCAGUAGUUUGCAAGGAGAACCUUUUUCAUUCUUCUUUUGUAUUUCAGAGGAUCAAGCUCUUGUGUAUCUUUCUUUUGUGCUGUGAUGUUGUAGUCUUUGCAACAUUCUAUAUAUGUUUCCCAAUAUGAAUAUAGUUUUUGAAAUGACAUUGUGUUACUCUGC